AUGAGACAGGUACAGCAGGAAACCCAUGCCCUCCUGGAGCAGCAGGCCCAGCCUCAUGCCCUUCCAUACAAACUGGGCCCCUCGUAGCAGAACAGCUGCCCAAGGUAUCAGCAAGACUUAGAAACUGCAGUGGUCCUGUUGAUGAUGGCAGCUCUCUUCUCAAGAAUUAAGGGUAUGCUCUUCCUCUUGUUCCUCCCAUACUUUUGUUCUGGUCAGCCUGCACCUCCACUGCUGCAUUUCUCCAACUUUCUGGAUCCUUCAAACAUGGUCUACCUCCACUGGGACCAUGACAAACAGGAGCUGAUGAUGUUUGAGCUGCAGGUCCAUACAACUGGCUGGGUGGCAUUUGGAUUCAGCCCUCAUGGAGAGUUGCCUGGAUCUGACAUUGUGAUAGGAGGUGUCUUCCCAAAUGGCAGCAUCUACUUCUCUGAUUGUCAUGUGGUAGAUGAGGCAACCCUUGAGGAAGAUGAGAGCCAGGACUAUCAACUGCUGUCAGUGAUGGAGAAUGAGACCUCCACCACCACGCUGUUCAAACGUCACCUCCGGACAUGUGACCCAAAUGACCUGGCUAUCACAAUGGACACAGCACGCCUUAUUACUGCCUUUGGUACUGAUGACACAGUCCAAUUCUUUAAAGGCCAAAGAUUUUCCAAGUCUCUUUUCUUGAUGAGGUACAGAGGCCCAUCUGACUCAACUGACCCCAAAAUAUUCUUCACCUAUGACCUGAGGCUGGACAACUUUGCUACUCCAGUUGAAGAAACCAAGUAUGCCUGUACCUUUAUCCCACUGCCCAUGGUCAAGCAGAAACACCAUAUCUACAAGUUCAAACUUGUAAUAACACCCCACAACAUAACCUUGGUUCAUCAUAUUCUUGUUUAUGGCUGUGGCAACGCCAGCAUGUUACCCAGUGGCAUAGAUAAUUGCUAUGGAGCCAGUCCAGAUUUUGCCCUGUGCUCUCAGGUGCUUGUGGGCUGGGCUGUUGGAGGAGAGUCUUACCAGUUUCUGGAUGAAGCUGCAGUUUCCCUAGGGACACCUUGGGAUCCUCAGUACAUCCGACUAGAAAUCCAUUACAGCAAUUUUGACUUGUUACCAGGUUUGAUCGACAGCUCAGGGGUACGAAUCUACUAUACUCCGGAGCUACGGAAAUAUGAUGUGGGGGUUCUGCAAACAGGCAUCUUCACUUUCCCUGUGCAUUUCAUUCCUCCUGGAGCAGAAUCCUACAGAUCUUACGGCCUUUGCAAUUCCAGCCAGUUUGAUGAAGUGAAUCUGCUGGUUCCAGAUCUGCAUGUCUUUGCCUACUUGCUUCAUACCCACCUGUCUGGCAGAGGAGUGAAAGCUGCUCAAUACCGGAAUGGUGAGCAGCUGGGGAUCAUCUGUGAGGACAAUAAGUAUGACUUCAGACUGCAGGAGAUUCGGGACAUGAAGGAAAUCCUCAUAAUCAAACCAGGGGAUGAGAUCCUGGUCGAAUGCAACCUUCAGACACUGGAUCGGUCAGGGCUUACUUUUGAAAUCCUGUCUCUUAGGCUGCAGUUGCAAGAACUCCAGAGAAAUGAGAGUGGUCUAAUCAGAGACAUUAGUAUUCCAGAGCAGGCUGCCUGUCACAAUAUUUCUAGACACCUCUCACUGUCAGGUCUGAGGGCCACUGCAAACCUUCGUUUGACCGCAGUUCAUGCUUCUGAGUCAUCAGCCACCAAAGAAGCUGCUUCACUUCCUCUUCUUUCUCUCACACAACUGGUGUUUGCUUGGCUUAUCAUCUUGGCCUCUGAGUAUGGGAAGUGA